AUGGAGUCUGAAGCUGCCGAAGCCUGGAUUGCAGGCUACCUAGCCUGCAACCCAGAGUAUACUUCAGCAGCUCCUCUAGAAGGAGGGGUCAGCAAUUAUGUGUAUCGUCUGACGCGGGCAGACGGCUCAAGCGUUAUUCUCAAGCACGCAGAGCCGCACGCGAUACACGACGAGAACUGGGCCAUGGAUAUGAAGCGCGUGAAAUAUGAGCACGCAGCGCUAUCAUCCAUCUCAAAGGCGCUGCUGUCUAGCGCUGCAGCCCGAGAAGCAAACGUGGAGGUUCCGAGCGCGAUUGCAUACGAUGCGGACAAUUACAACCUCAUAUUGAGCGAUUGCGGCGCAGCCACAAAAGACCUGCACACGGCAUUCCCGUCUUUGACGCCGGCUCAGCGUGUGGACACUGGACGACGGCUCGGCCUGUGGCUCGCCUCAUUACAUCACUGCAACGCAAUUGACAAGGCAACCUUUUAUGCCGACGAGACGCGAGAUCGCCAGGGAAUGGACCAGAGAAUCGACCUGCUGAGCGCUGGUCUGCCGGCCGGGGGCACGCCGGUCGAAAAGGCGGCCUUUGUCGCGCUGCUUGAGCCGUUUGCCGCGGCGGCCAUCCAGCGUAGCAGCCGCUGCGUCGUGCACGGCGACUUUUGGCCGGGGAACGUCCUCGUCGGACCACCUCACGAAAAGGACGACGCGGCACAAGACUUGCUCGCCGUGAUUGACUGGGAGGGCGUGGGCCUCGGCACCGGGGCACUGGACGUUGGCGCCAUGGCGGCCGAGGCUUGGCUGCUCUGUCAUUUCCACCGCGAGUCGGCGCGCGCGUCAGUCGUCGAGCCCGAGGACUUUGGCAUGCUGGAGGCGUUUCUGGGGAGCUAUCUCGAAGCAGCAGGGCAGGUGGAGGAGGCGUUUGUCGAGCAAGCGGUGGUGCAGUUUGCGAUUAACCUGUCCGUGGGACGGGGUGGCAAGCAGCUGAUGCGUCCGGUCAAGGGACUGGGGUGCGAAAUUGUCGAGCUGGUGAUGGGAAAGAAGGAAGAGAAUUGGAAGAGGGGAAUGUUGGCUCUGGGCUGGGGAACGGAGGCAUGGCGAGACUGGUUUGCGGGCCAAUAG